AUGUAUAAUACUGAUACAGAGACAGGUAAGGUAGUACGGUAUAGCUCCAGAAGAAAAAACAUCCAGACAAUACAGCACGUCAAAAACACAGGUCAGGGGAUGUAUAGAGAACCUAUCUACAUCACAGAGAACUGCAAUGGAGAUGUUAUUGUGUCUGACUAUAACCAUGCUGUAGUGGUGACAGAUCGUGAUGGUAAAUAUCGCUUCUCCUACACAGGACAUCCAUUGGGGUCACGAAUACGACCACUAGGGAUCUGUACAGACAAACAGUCCCACAUUCUGGUGGGUGAUUUUAUCACUCGGUCUGUACAUAUCGUAGAUGAGAAUGGUCACUUCCUAUUACAGAUGUGGACAGUAUAUACUGUGUAG